AUGAAAGAGCUCAAGAAAGUCGCCCGCGAAGGCAUAGCCCUCGCCGGUGGUCCGGCCGCCAUCCUCCUCCAAAUCGCCCACCCUUCUGUCGGACAGGGUGUUGCAGACCACAGCACAUUUACAAAGCGUGCCAUUGCCCGAGUCCAGUACACGCAGAUGUACAUCUACGUGAUGAUAUUCGGCACGCCCGAAGACAAAGCAAGCAUGAAGGCGUGGGUAGACCAGGCUCAUGCGCGCGUCAAGUCCGAGGCCGGGCCUCGACCAUACAGCGCGCUUGAUCCGGAACUCCAGCUCUGGGUUGCGAUUACAAUCUAUGCCUCUAUGGUGGGCAUGUAUGAGCUCAUCUACGGGCCUCUGCCGCCUGCGAUGGCUGAGCGGGUCUUCCAGGCUUACUCGGUCAUGGGCACGUCGCUGCAGGUGCCGAAGGAUAUGUGGCCGAAGAAUCUGAAGGAGUUUAGGAUGUAUUGGUGUGAUGUUAUUGAGAAUCAGCUUCGGGUUACGCCUGACGCGGAGCUGGUUCUCAAGGAGAUCUUUCACCCUGUUAAGAGUGUUCCGCUGUGGGCGAGGCCUGCGGUUCUUGUGGCGAUGCCGUUUAUUAGACGGUUGACGAUUGAGCAGCUCCCGCCGUCGCUGCGCGAACAGUUUCAUUUGAAGUCGAGCAAGUCAUCGAGGAUGAUCUCGGGGCUUUUUGUUUCUGGGAUGACUUGCGUGUAUCCGUUUACGCCGCUGUUUGUGCGUCAGCUCCCGAAGACUUAUUCCAUGAGGUUGUUUAGGAAGAAGCUUAAGAAGAGAGGCGGGCAGCUUGUUAAGCCUUGA